CUCCUAUUAUAACUCUAAAUGUUACACAAUGACAUUGAAGUCAGUUUUGUGUAUAUAAAGAGUUGCCUCUGUUGUUAACAGUAGACAACAGAUUUCACCUUUGAAUCUCACAAAGCUCACUUUGUAUUCGACAGGAUGAAGUUCACUGCCACCUUCAUCUUGUUGUUCAUCUUCGUCCUCAUGGUUGAUCUCGGAGAAGGUCGUCGUCAGAAAAAGGGGUCGAAGGGAAAGGGGUCGAAGGGAAAGGGCAGAUGGUUGUCAAGGAUUGGUAAAGGUGCCGGGAUACUUGGCGGGGCGGCCAUUGAUGCCUUGUUGAAUAGGCAGGGGCAGGGGCAGGGGCAGGAUUACGACUACCAGCAGGGGCAGGAAUACGAGCGGCUCGCCAAGCGCUCAGACGAUGACAGCCCCAGUCUUAUUGUUUUUGACUGAAGAAGUCGCCCUGAAGGAACCUUCAGAUGAUAUAUAAUGCUUCUUGCUUUUCAAUGAAAUAAAUCAUACAUUUACCCGCAACAGCAA